UCUGCUUCUCCCGAAGCGUAGUACCUACAUACUUCCACGCGGAGUAGAAACAAUACGCGCAGCUUACGGUACGAGAACACGUUAAAAAUAGUCCCAUAUAAAUUAUAGUCCCAUAUCUUGUCGCCCGAGACACAGAGAACAGGGCCGCGCGCUGCUUCGAGUGUUCAGAACGGAGUGCGCGCGUGUUUUUCCGUCAGUCAGUGGAAAGUGGUGCUCAUCAAGUGGUCGUACGUACCUACUAGAUAUAUGCAGGUUUUGCGCUGUCUACGCGGUCUCAUUAUUAUCGCUUCGGAAAACUUGUGCAAAUGAGUUUCGAAUUAUGACUUCGGAUACCAUCCACCGACGUUGAUACUGAGUGCACUUUUUGGACGUUCUGUCAGUUUCAAAACUGUGACAGCUUCCGGCAACCAACAGCCGGCCCGUGAAGUCAAGUUUUUCUUGAAUAAAUAGUUGCUGUAACAAUAUAGUAGAAUUAUCUCUGACAAAAGCCAUUCUGUAUGAGGAUAUGAGGACAAAGGAAGCGGAAGUGUGGAAAACAUUUUAGGGGUAGUUUUCCAGCCAGCGCAUUCGCAAUUCUAAAAAAGGACCUAGCGUCAGUGUGCUGUUGAAUUAUUUAUUUUAAACAGUAGAAGUUUCAUCGUUCUACUGCGGUGAGAGAUUCGGGGUCGAAAGUCUCCAAUGUAACAUAAAUUUCAAAUUAAACCAGAGACAAAAUGUUCGGUCGAGUGUUAAUUCCAGUGCUGCUUGUAGUACUCGUAAACUUGUCCUUCCGCUGGGAGCUAACAGCUGCACAGCGUCGUCAUGUGGCUGACAUUGAGCUAGAUGAAAACCAGGACGCAAUUACCCUCCAGGCUUGCUACGUGGAGGAUUUGCGAAACAUUCGUGAAUAUAGUCAAAAUCCACUUACGGUGACCAUCAAUCAUUGCUAUCUGCAGGAACUUCCAAACGCCAUUUUUAUCCGCUUUUCGGAUCUCCAAACACUCGAAAUAUGUGAUAGCAGAUUAAACAAUCUGCAGGAUUUUGCUUUGAAUGGAUUGAGGAAUCUCGAAGUACUUAAUUUCUCCCGAAACAACCUGACCACCGUCAAAUCUUGGAGUGACCACGAUUUGGAAAACCUGCAUACUUUGGAUCUCAGACGAAACCUGCUGAAAGGCAUCAACGAACAAUCAUUCAAACGUUACCCGAAUCUCACUAAACUAAAUCUGGCAGGAAAUUUGAUCUCCAUCAUCCCGGAGGGAACAUUCAGAGUAGUUCCGCAUCUGAAAUAUCUUAAUCUCGGCCGUAAUCUGUUAACUUCUAUAGAAGAAACCACUUUAAAAGGACUAAGCAAAUUGUCCCAGGUAUCAUUCCACCACAACCAGAUAACCUACAUUGACUUUUUCGCCUUCAUCGGAAACAGUCACCUAAAAACCUUGCAACUGCAAGACAACCAGAUUAGUAUCUUUGAAACAGACCUUCUCUCCAAUUUACCCCGACUAACAUUUCUAAACAUUAGUCACAACCACCUGGAGAACGUAGCCGAACACACCUUUAAAAAAAAUUCCGACCUUCGGCUGCUAGACAUCAGCUAUAAUCGAAUAGAUAAACUGCAUGAGGAUAGCUUCAAAGGUCUAACCAGUCUCGAGGUCUUCAAUGCCAGCCAUAACCAGCUGGCUCAGUUGAACAAGUACUUCUUCAAGGACUUCUCGGCCAUCCGCACGCUCGAUCUCUCCGCCAACCGGUUGACUUACGUCGAGAAUAAACUGUUCGAAUACAGCCCCCGGGUGGAGAGCGUCAAUCUUUCGCGCAAUGCAAUCACCGAAAUUGAGCCGAAUAUGUUCGAGGAUACGAGCCGGUUGCAUACGCUCGAUCUAGCCUACAAUCAGCUGUCGGAAGAUGCCUUCAUGUGGUCGAUCGUUAAUUUGCACGCGCUUAAUUUAAGCCACAAUCAGUUCCAGCGGUUGAACGUUUCCCUGUUGCGCAAUGUGGAACUUGUUGAGUUGUAUGAUAAUCCGUGGAGCUGCCAGUUUCUGAUUUUGGAGCUGAUGAAGCAGAACAAAAAGAUCCACUACGCUAAUAAUUACGUGGUUUACUCGAAGGAUAGCAUAUUGAACACCCAGGGGGUGGAGUGUACCGACGAGCGGGGCAAGAAGCGCGAUAUAGUGGUUGUAGAACAUGCAGUCCGAGCGGAUUAUGACUCUUCGGAGUACCACCGCUACCGCCUAUUCCACGAAGGCCAUACCGACACCCGUCCCAUUCAGGACAACUUUGACACCAAAUCCACCAUCCUGUGGUUGAUGUCCGGGGCGUUCGUGGUUUUCGGAGCGUUCAAACUAAUUCAGCUGAUUCUGCGGCGGUCCGAGCAUCAGAGCGAAAAGUGGCGGCUCGCGCAGCACUUGGAGUGUCACGGUUUCGACGGGCUCGAUGUCGACGCUUUGGGAGCUGGUGUCGGUAAAGAGAUACCGGAUUGCACAGCCAACCGUCGAGGGUAGCUGCUUUUUUAUUUCGCUCAUUCACACAUAGUUGGAGUAUCGUACAGUUUUGUUCAAUUAACUUGAAGCGCGAUGUUGCGUAUUUCGCAGGGUUUUCCCGCUCCUCAUACACUCGACAAUAUCGAGAGCAUAUCUUCAUAAAUUUGUUUUAUUCAAAGCAUGAAAAUAAAUGAAAUCGGCAUGAUCCGCUGUUUAUUUGGA